AUGAACAAAGCUAUUACCGUCUUUUUAUUUCUCGCUGGUCUCAUUGCCUUAACUCAAGCUGCGGAACACUUAGUUAACGUUGGUACCAAAGAAGGAAAAAAUUUGUUCGAACCUGACACCGUAAAUGCCGCCAUGGGUGAUACCGUCAAAUUCGUUUGGGUUUCGGGUAAACACAACGUCAUCGAAUCUGAUGCAAAGGGAGCUUGUACCGCAUCAAAAACUCCAAAUGCUUUCACUACCGAAAUAUACGAAGCUCCUAAAGAAUGGGUUCUUGACAUUAAAGAUGCUUCUGGCAAGAAAUGGAUCUACUGCGGUGUUGCUCAACAUUGCGCAAAUGGUAUGACCGGUACUAUUCUCAUUGGUGGCGACAACAAAACUGCACCCGCUGAUGGUAAAACACCUGACGGAAAAGCCCCUGCUGACGGAAAAGCCCCCGCUUCUGCCGCUGCUCAAACCUAUACUUCUGCUUAUGCUGUCACCGCUGGAGUCGUAUUCUCAAGCAUGUGCAUGGCCGCUUAUAUGUUAUAA